AUGGCCCCCCAAGGCUUGGCGACCAUAGGUUUGCCAUGCAGUUCAUUUGUGUAUAUGAAUUCAGCAACGUCCCAACGGACACUGGAAGAGCCAUUUGGUCGAGAAGACUUGGAGUACGUGAGGCAGGCAAACACGCUUGCAGCACGCGUCUGCUUGCUGAUCCUCCUCAUUACAGUCCGGCAAUGCUAUUUCCUGCUGGAGCAGCCGAUGUCAUCCAAGAUGGGCAGCUAUGCCUACGGCACUUUGUACCUGGGCAUUGAUCACGUCGAAAAGCAUGGACACAAGAUGAAGCAGCGGCUCGAGCAAG